UCGAGAAGAUGAACGGCAGCUUUGUGCAGCAAACCUUUGCAUUCGGUUAUCUGGGCGAUUGGUGUAUUGGUGCACUUGAUGGGUGCGAUAGAUAGGCGAGCGCGUGACGCUACGUUUCGUUAUCAAUCCACCCUGCUAGCCAGCAGGCAAUAAUAACAAUCAAUUCACGGGCAACUGUUUGGCUGGAAGGGCUUUUAUCUCAGGCGAAACCCGGCACGAUUACAUUUGGGGAACCACAGUCCAAAAAUGACGCUCCGAGACAGUGCUCACGAAUCUACCAACAAAAAGUACUCAGUUUCACAUUCGGGUAAGCACAAGUCACGACUAAAAAUUAGGCCUGCCCUAAGCGUGGAUCUGUUCCGAUCGGAUCCGAUCAGAAUUGGUAGCACAAACACCGUUAACCAGAACCAAAGUGCCGAAGUACCAGUGAGUAGUACCACAGCAGAGAAUCGAACAGACAAGCCGAAUAGUGUAGGGACCAACAAUACUAGCUCACGUCAGGAUCCCAUGGAGUCUCCUGCUCAGCAUCACAACCAUCACCUCAGAAACCAUUCGAAAGGAGUCAUAGAAACAGCGUUAUGAGACAAACGUCGAAGGUUUCCUGCACAGGAAGUUGAGAUACAAAAAUUGAAAUAAUUGGCUGUUGAUUUUUCUCGCUCUUUCGUUUACGGACUCCGUUUGGCCAUUAUCGUCGUGGAACGAAAACCAAGCUGCUUAUCUGUGAUGUAUUUUUGUGUGACUUUCGAUACAAGUGGGUUGUGGUAGUGUUAUUGUUACCUAAGAAAGCCGUUUAUCAAUAUGUGUACUUAGUAUAUUGUUCUAAUAAAUAUAUUGCCUGAUGCGAAAGAUGGCAAACAGA